AAAUCAAAGAAGAGUGUGUUCUCCACAAGUUUUACAUACCCCCAAACAUACAUUUUCACCUCACACAAGUACACAAAAACACUCUCCAUUAAAUUCUUACAUAAAUUUUGUGCGAAGAUUAAUGGGUUCGAUUGCUGCAGGCUUCGUGGGUUCUGGAUUAUUUUCACUGGGUGUGUCGACACCUACACGGAAGCUCGGAAAUGAGAAGUUGAGGAGGACAGUGAUAGUGAGAGCAGAAGGUAUAAACCCAGAGAUAAGAAAGUCAGAGGAGAAAGUGGUGGACUCUGUUGACCUUACUCAACUCUCCAAGGCCGUCACUCCUUAUUGCAGAUGUUGGAGGUCCAAAACUUUUCCUUUGUGUGAUGGGAGUCAUGUGAAGCACAACAAGGCUACUGGGGAUAAUGUCGGGCCUCUUCUCUUGAAGAAACCGUAAUGAUAUACUUGUAAUGCCAUGCUCUGAAAUUCAAUUCCCAUUUAAUGUCAUGUUUUGAACUGAGAUCAAUCAUGUAUCCUGCAAAAGACUACUUUACUCAUUUUCCCGGGUGCUCUCUUCUGGAUCAAUUGAAGCUGCAUUUGGUUAU